GUCACCCUUAGCAUAUUAUUUUCUUGAUCUUUGAAGAACUGACCAAACAAACGGUCGCUCACCAACCGAGCACAGAAGCAAUCCAGCAUCUCUUACGACGCAUCCUUUGAGCAUCUUUUCCGACGCAACAUCUAUAUUGCCGGCGUUCCCACUGCGGCCGUCGCGAACUGUUUCGCCAUCCAGCAUCUCCUAGGCAUCUACACCGGGCCUCGUUUCUGCCUACAAACCUUCAGCAGCCUCGUCUGUGAGGGCCAUGGGCUCGGAUACCGUCGCUGUCGCUACCAGGAUUGCGCACAGGGAAGCCUUUUAGGACCGUUUUGCAGCAAGCAAUUGAGGCCUCAAUUGCUGUCGCGGUUGUCCGUCGCCGCCGAUCGCGCUAGUCGGGAGCUCGAGGAGCUUAGCUCUGCCUUGGAGCUUGCAAAAAAGGAGACACGACACGCGCAAAGCACGGAGAUCUCGAAGCGCGCAGCCCAUCAUGUACGACAAGGUGGUCUCUCUGGGCUCGCGCCUACACUAUCCCAUCACCAUCACCAAGCUGCUCAAGUCGGCGGGCGAUUCCGUCAAGAAGCAGGAGACCAUCAUAGAGUACAAGUUCACCUGGCGACGCAAGAUUGGCGACGAUGAAUGGGUCGAUGAGACUACGUAUACCGAGUUCGACAGCCCUGCCGAGGGUACCCUGAAAGAAUGGCGCAUCAAGGAGGGGCAGACGAUUGCCGCCGACAUGCCGUGCAUGAUGGUCGAGGAGGCCUGCGGACACGAGGUCCAGAUUCAGGGCCUGUGUAGUGUCUGCGGCGCUGACAUGACCGAGGUCAACUGGGCCACCGAAGAACGAGACACAGACCGGGCCAUGAUCAACAUGACGCAUGACCAGACCGGCCUGAUGGUGAGCAAAAACGUUGCGAAGAGGGCAGAGCACGAUACACAGAAGCGCCUGCUGCGCCAGCGGAAGCUCAGUCUGGUGGUCGACUUGGAUCAGACCAUUAUCCAUGCGUGCAUAGAGCCAACUAUUGGAGAGUGGCAGCGUGAUCCGACAAAUCCCAACCACGAAGCCGUCAAAGAUGUCAAGAGCUUCCAGCUCAACGAUGACGGCCCCAGAGGGUUAGCUAGCGGCUGUACCUACUACAUCAAGCUACGACCGGGUCUCCAGGAGUUCCUAGAAGCUGUUUCUACCAAGUACGAGCUACACGUGUAUACCAUGGGAACCCGCGCAUAUGCUCUAAAUAUUGCGCGGAUCGUCGACCCGGACAGGAAGCUCUUUGGCAAUCGUGUCAUUAGCCGUGACGAGAACGGAAGCAUUACGGCAAAGAGUUUGCAGAGACUGUUCCCGGUUAGUACGGACAUGGUCGUCAUCAUUGACGAUCGUGCGGACGUCUGGCCCAUGAACCGGCCAAAUCUGAUCAAGGUCGUACCGUAUGAUUUCUUCAAGGGAAUUGGAGAUAUCAACUCGAGUUUCUUGCCAAAGCGGCAGGAUAUUCUACCUGCCCCUGGAAAGUUAAACGGCGUAGUGCCAAAACCCAGCGCCGAAAACGCUUCGAGCGAAAAGGUCUCACCACUUGAUGAGCUAGCUCGGAUGGGUGGCGACGAGGCCAGCUUAAAGGUUCAGGCGGAGGAGCAGGAGAAGACCCUAGAGAAGCAACUGACUGAUCGCCCAUUGCUGCAUAUGCAAGAGGAGUUGGACAAGGAGGACGAGAAACAAGACUCCGAAGGUGGUGCCUCUCCGAGUAUUCACCACAGACAGCUAUUAAGUGACGAUGACGAGGAGCUUGUUACCUUACAAGACCACCUUACUGAUCUCCACGCUGCUUUUUACGACAUGUACGAUAAGAAGAGGGAGGAGAGGAAGAAAUCAGAGGGUACCCACCCGCCUGGACAUACCAAAGCGCGGAGAAAAUCUCAUCCUGACGAUGGCGUGGAUCUGUCGUUUGUUCCUCCCGUGGGAGAUAUUCUGGACGAGCUUAAAUCUAGCGUUCUCUCAGGUCUCGUCAUAUGUCUAUCUGGUCUUGUGCCACUAGGGGUGAAUAUUGAGGAGUCUGAAAUUGGAAUGCAUGCACAAAGCUUCGGAGCCCAGGUCGUGGAUAGCGUCUCGCCCCGGGUCACACACCUUGUAGUUUCUCUGGCGCGACCGAGGACCAAGAAGGUGCAACAAGCGGCCAAGAUUCCCAGUAUCAAGAUUGUGAACCAGAGUUGGCUGGCGGAUUGUCUUAGCCAAUGGCGCAGGCUAGACGAAAGCCCAUACUACAUGACCAUUCUUGAUGCCGACCGCGAGAGGUCGGAAGACACUGCAGAAACCAGUGCGGCCGAACUGGAAGACGCUGGCGUCUCUAUCAACAUGGGGGAUUUCGAUGAAGAACUUAAAGAGUUUUUGGGUAUGGAUGACGACGACGAUGACGACGAGGAUGAAGACGAGGGAGAUGAAGAAGCGGAUGAGGACGAAGAUGGGGAGAAUGAUAGCGAAACAACAGACGGUGAGGGAGACGAGACCGAUGACCCAGGGAGAAGAGGCACAAAACGCAAAACCAGAGCAUCCACCAUUGAGUCUGAGGGAGACGGAUCAAGUGUUAUUGGAGAAAGUGCGCUGGCAAAGAAACAGCGGGUGUCCCGGAGUAGAGGAGCCUCCGCAUUGCGAGCCGUACUUACCCCAAACGGCGAUAAUGGUGAAAGCGAUGAACCUGCGCCUCGAAGCACAGAAAUCGACAAUUUCGACGAGCUAGAGCGAGAACUGCUAGCGGGGCUUGAGGCUGCUGGCGAUUAGAAGUUGAGGUUGAAGUUGAAGCCGAAGGCGAUUCGCAGAUGCAGACGCAACCUGGCUUUGGAUUUCAUUGUUUUAAAAAAGAAAACAUCUGGCCGGCGCUUUUUUGUGUUAGAGUAGUUAUUGGGAAAUCUGGGUCAAGGUGUUUUUUCUUGUUUGAGCUUUUGUUUUCGGUUUCUUUUUUUCUUCUAGUAGUUUUCUUGCUUGUUCGUAUUUUUCGAAUACCCAUUCUUUGGCCGGAAGGGGAAAGCAAUUGAGCAUUUCUCAAUGAAAAAGACCUAAUUCUUUGACCCCUGUGAAGUGAUGCUACUUUCGCAAUGUGAUGAUAGCACGGAGAUGUA